GCACCCGCGGGGCGGGGGCUGGUGUUGGCUUCCGGCCUGGGCGGCGGGUUCGGAGACCAUGCGGAAAGCGGUGUUGGUCACCGGGGCGAGCAGCGGCGUUGGCCUUGCCCUCUGCAAGCGGCUGCUGGAGGAAGAUCAUGAGCUGCACCUGUGCCUGGCGUGCAGGAAUAGGAGCAAAGCGGAAGCGGUGCGCACGGCCCUGCUGGCCUCUCACCCCCUUGCUGAGGUCAGCAUCGUGCAGGUGGAUGUCAGUGACGUGCGGUCAGUGCUCCGGGCCGCCGGGGAGCUCAAGCAAAGGCUUCAGAGAUUAGACUAUGUCUAUCUGAAUGCUGGGAUCAUGCCCAACCCACAGCUGAACCUCAGAGCACUUUUCUCCGGCCUCUUUUCAAGAAACGUGAUUCAUAUGUUCUCCACAGCUGAAGGGCUGCUGACCCAGGAAGAUAAAGUCACUGCCGACGGGCUCCAGGAGGUGUUUGAAACCAACGUCUUCGGCCACUUCAUCCUGAUUCAGGAGCUGGCCCCUCUCCUCUGUCACAGUGACCGUCCUUCUCAGCUUAUCUGGACCUCGUCUCGUAAUGCAAGGAAAUCGAACUUCUCCCUUGAGGACAUCCAGCACCGCAGGGGCCUGGAGCCCUACAGCUCUUCCAAAUACGCCCUUGACCUGCUCAGUGUGGCUCUGAACAGGAACUUCAACUCGCAGGGUCUGUACUCCAGUGUGGUGUGCCCGGGUACAAUGGUGACCAACAUGACGUGCAGAAUCCUUCCUCCCUUCAUGUGGACCCUGCUGAUGCCAAUCAUAGGGCUGCUUCGCUUUUUUGCAAACGCUUUCACCAUGACGCCGUACAACGGAACGGAAGCCCUGGUAUGGCUUUUCCACCAAAAGCCCGAGUCUCUCAACCCCCUGACCAAAUACCUGAGCGCCACCACUGGCUUUGGGAGCAAUUACGUCACAAACCAGAAGAUGGACCUAGAUGAAGACACUGCCGAAAAAUUUUACCAAAACUUACUGGAGCUGGAAAAGCACGUGAGGGCCACCAUUCAACAAAGGAAUCAUCAGAGCUGACGGCCACCGUCCCCGGAACACCGCCUGCCUUCCGGGUUCCCGUUGAGUUGGGGCGUGUGCAUUUGUGGGACACCAUGAACUAGAAGUGGCUCUUUUCCUUCCUCUCAGGAUUCUCUCUGAGACUGUGUGUGUGUGCACGUGUGCGUACGUGUGAGAAGAAGGUGGAGAAGUAAAAUGUCCGUUAGGUAUUCUCCAGAAUGGUGUCACAGCAAAAUUGUGCCAGGGCCACCCCACCAAGUGCGUGUUCGUUGGUUCUGCCGACACGCCGUGGGGUGAGGCGUGGGCCCGAGUAGCCAUGGCUCAGGCACUCACUGGCCUUUCUGUACGGCCGCUUGAGCAGGAGGAAGUGCUGCGCACUCUUCUGGGCGGUAAUCUGAGCUCUCUGCCUUUUCUUAUGAACGGUUUCCUUCUGUCUUGUACCUGAUUUCUGAUUUCUACGUGCUGCUUCUAAAAACCCUAACAUUGUUAGAAUCCUAACAGUCCUCAUCCAGAUACCCCUGUAGUUAAUCACAGGAACCAAAGUAUAUGUGUGUUUGGGCCACUUGAAUUAUUUCUUAUAUUGAAAGCGUUCUUAAUGACGUUGAGGUGGCCUGGGUCAAUACUGGGCCUGACCUUUAACACCAUUUGCACAUUUGCUCAGUACCGACCACCCUGUGUCCACGAUUAUAUUUUAAUGUAUGCGGACUUGCAGCAAAACAGGAUUUACUCACAUUGUCUCAGGCAGAUUUUCCAACUGAAUAGUUGCUGGGGGGCUCUCUGCUGGCAGCAGCAGCGGUCAGAGGUGGUUAAGACUCAGGUUUGCGUGAUCCGAAGAGAAAUGCUAUAAAAUGCCUAGAUGUUCUUAUCCUAAAUACAGCCAACACCCUACCUGGAUUAUAAUAAAGCGAGCAAAGUGUUGAAUCACUUAAUAAAAAUGAAACAUUUUAUAGAAAUCCCAUUUCUAAACAUUUUAAGUAUGACUUUUGGAUAUGGUUUCUGUAAGGUUGUUGCGAGAGAGAUUUUUGAUGACGUUCAACAGUCUGUACGUGAAGAUGAGGGCUGAUUGGUUCUGCACCCUCCCCGCCAUCUUUGAGGUUGGAGAGUGGAGACAGGCCAGGCUGAACUCUCGCAGCCACUCCCACUGCAAGUUUGCAAGAAGCACUUUAUUGUGGGUCUCAGGCUCCACAUCAGGAAAGUGGGGUAAUUAUCUUUCUGCUUCCUCUAUUCACGGGUGUGGAGGGAACUUAAAUGCAAUGAUACAUGUGAAUGAAUAAAGAGUAUUUUUUUUU